CGUGACGCGGCGCCCGGGCCGCUGUCACUCCGGUAUAAAUGUACCUCUGUGGAUCUCGGUCAGCCCUUUUCUCUGCACGCACCGAGCCCCCCGAGGCCAGGCUACACCGCUUCGGCUCCCUCUCCUCCUUCUUCUUCUUCUUCGUCGUCGUCAGUCAUGGCUGAUCAGGCUUUUGUGACGUUGGCUACCCAUGACAACUAUGCUCGGGGAGCCAUGGUUUUGGGGAAGUCCCUGCGCAACCACAACACAUCCAAGAAGCUGGUGGCUCUCAUUGGUCCACAGGUGUCGGAGCCGUGCCAGUCUGUGCUGAGGAAGAUCUACGACGAGGUGAGGCCGGUGGACGUGCUGGACAGUGGCGACACGGCGCACCUGGCCAUGAUGAAGAGGCCCGACCUGGGCGUCACCCUCACCAAACUCCACUGCUGGACCCUCACGCACUACUCCAAAUGUGUCUUCAUGGAUGCAGACACACUGGUUCUGUCAAAUAUAGAUGAACUGUUUGACAGAGAAGAAUUAUCAGCCGCUCCUGACCCCGGAUGGCCUGACUGCUUUAACUCCGGGGUGUUUGUGUUUUGUCCCUCGAUGGAGACGUAUGGCAAACUGCUUCAGUACUGCACGGAACAUGGCAGCUUUGACGGUGGAGACCAAGGUGUUUUGAAUGGCUUCUUCAGCAACUGGGCAACAGCUGACAUAUCGAAGCACCUCCCUUUCAUCUACAACCUCAGCAGCAUAGCAAUCUACACUUACCUUCCAGCAUUCAAACAAUUUGGUAGCAGCGCCAAAGUUGUCCACUUCCUGGGGAAGACCAAGCCGUGGAGUUACACCUUUGACAUCACAGCCAAACGGAUCACCGGGAGUGUGCCGGAGGCCUCCACACACUCCACUUUCCUCCUGGACUGGUGGACCCUGUACUCCAGCGCCGUGGUGCCAAUGCUGCAUGAGCAUUACGGAGAGCAGCCGUUUCACUCCGGAUGCGUGGAGUCCCGGUGUUGUGACACGGUCACUUUUGAGAGUGUACAGGAUGAAGGCCACUCCUCACAUGCACAAGUGUCGUCCCAACCGGAGCUGUCCUCGGUGGAACGCAAGGAGAAAUGGGAGCAAGGUCAGGCCGACUACAUGGGAAUGGACUCGUUUGACAAUAUCAAGAGGAAGCUUGACUCUUUUCUCAAAUGAAGGGAGCGUGAGGCGGGACGUCAACAGAGCACUUUGCUGUCUAACACACUCACCACGUCUUUUCAAGAAAAUACUGUAAAACACGUCACAUUUUUCCCUUCUUACCUGUCCUCAACUAAAAAUGAGUUGAGUCUCUCCGUACACCAGCAAUAAACUCUCCGUACUUCUAAGACGGAGCCAUUUAAAUAUCACCAAUGGCUUUAAUUGUCUUUGUAAGAUUCAUUGAGUUUGUUCUGCUACAGUGGAAGGAAAAUACGGAUAACAUAACAUGUAUUUUUGUCUUUGCAUCAACUGGAGUUGAACUGGGCCUCAUGUCCUGUUACUAAGUGUCGCAGUCACUUGCAUGUACAUUCUGUUUUUUUCUUUCUUUUUCUUUUUUACGAUACCGUCAUCUAGCAGUGAUACCUAACUUAAUUCCUCUUGCAUUUAAAUUGAGCUGUCUCAGUUUAACAUGGCUAUAAAAACAUGUUUACAGCACUCGUUAACGCUCAUUUACAGUAGGAGCCAUAUAGAUACUAGAUCCUUAGUGUCUUGCUCUCUCUGCUGCCUCCUAUCUGCUCUCGGCUAGAAGUUUUGUUCGAUGGUCGGUUAGGUUUUUAACUUAAUUGGGUGUUACUUGACCAGGAUGUUGACUGUACCACAAGAUCUUUCAUCUGGAAGUAUUAAAAACUUGAAAAGUU